UAUAUUGCCUUUACUUACUUACCUUUUAUUUAUAUAACCUAUUUGGCAAGCUUGGUAAGAAAAACCCUAAUAUGGACUUAUUCAAACCAAGCAUAUGACCCGUUAAAUAAGUUGUUUAAUUUUUACGGGAUUUGGUAAAUUUUUUGAUCGAUUUUGGUAAAUUUUAUUUUCGACCGCGGCAACACUGGUUGUUGUGGGUCGGCGAUUUACAGCUGUUCUGAUUAGUAUUUAUCGUUAAUUUUCAAUUUGGGAUAAAACACCUGACUUGUGAUAGCCAAUUGGCAUAUUUAUUUAGUGUUAUAAAGAGUAAAAUUUGUUAUCAGCUGCCGUGGCGCAUAAACAUUGCGCUUGCACGUCAACUCGUCUAUCUCACGCAUUCAUUGAAAUAUAUGUACCUGCAUAGGAAAAAAGUUGGGAAGAGUAGUUCCAUCAACUUGUGAUAGCUGUGUCGGAUUGAGUUGUGAUAACGUUCAGCGUUAUAACGUGCAAAAAUUUCGUAUAAGAACGUAAGUCAAACCCGACGACCCUUACACCAAAAGCUCUAUAGACCUAUGGACGUCACCGCUGCCUCUGGUUCAGGCUUGUAAAGUCGGAGGAUGACGGUGACUCAUGGCGACACCCACGGAUGUUGAGACCUACUGCUACAACAACAACAAUAUAAUUUGCAACGGGAUUCAGAAAAAGACGCGUAACAAUUAAGAAAUCAGUAUCUACAUAAACUCAAAACUAUUUGCACACUGUCUUCAAUAACAUUACAAUGGAUUGGAGUUGGGCCAUUGCUGGUGUCAACGAUGAAAUACCUCGUACAGCGGGUCCCGAAUGCAUUAACUAUAUGACGAAUCGUCGACGCUGGACCGAAUCAAUAAUACUCAGCCUAAUAUUUAUAUAUUUAAUAUAUUGGGCUGCGAAGCGCAUGGAUCCGAUAAUAGUGCCAUCGGCGAAGGAAAUCAAUAAGCCACACUCUGCCAUAAGAUUAAUGCUAAUGAUAUUGAUGACUUUUAUCUUUGGUGUGGAAAUGGGUUUUAAAUUUGCCAAUAGAAAUAUGAUAUAUGUUUUGAAUCCAUGCCAUAUACAAACUUUGGUGCAGAUUUAUUUAUUGGCCGCUAAGCCUAGUAAAACUACUACAGCAUUAUUUCGAAUACAAAUGAAUAAUUUGAAUGGGCCCUUUUUGGCGUUUCUAUUUCCGGAAGUCGAAUGUCGUACCCUUCAUUUUGAACAAGCGACCUAUUGGAUUCAGCAUGCGCUAUUAUAUAUAAUUCCAGUAUAUAUAUUAAAGAGUGAUGCCUAUCAGAUUGAAGAUAUUAAGGAUUACAAUUGGACCACAAUCGGCACUGCGACAAUGUUGCUCUAUCAUUUUGCCUUUUUAAGUACUUUAUCAAUGUUUACCGGCAUCAACCUCAGCCAUAUGCUCUGCGCCGCCAUAUCAGACCCUUUUCAAGGACAAAAUUAUCGAAUUGCCGCUACAAUACAUGAGAUAUUCUUGUGUCCCAUACUAAACAAAGUGACUGUAAUUCUAUUUAGCAAACCUCGAGCUGUCUCCAAUGUUAAAACAAUGAAGGCAAACUUAGAAUUGCGUAUAAAUAAUCGCAAUAAUGUCAAUAUUGAUAGACGUGGAUCAACCGAUAACGCAUUGCUGACUGCACAUAUCUGCCAUGCGCGCGAACACCUAUCGAAAUCCGUUCCAUCGACCCCCUCGUCUUUAUCACCAACUUCAGCCAGUUCACCGUUGAGUGAAAUUUCAUUAGUUGCCGAAAUGGCGGCAUCAGUAGCCGCUGGUACAGAGGCUGUUACAGUUAUGCGACGUCUAAAACGGAAUUCCAUUAAUGUUGUAACGUCCAGCCAUGUGAAUAAAAAUAUAAGUGCUGGUCAGGAGGCGAAUACUGAUAAUGAAAUGGUUAACAUG